AUGAAAAUGAAUCAAAUCAACAAUGAUCAUAGUAGUAGUAGUAGUUGUAAUGGUAAUCAUGAUUAUACAAAUAUAAUAUAUAGAGUAUCUUUCACCAAGAUGCACGGUGCUGGUAAUGAUUUUGUUUUGUUCAAACGAGAGGAUAUAAAGAGAACCAUUGUUUCAAACAAAGCUAACGGUCACGGUCAUACCAAUGGUAAUAGCAAUGGUAAUAACAAUGGUAAUGGUACUAGCAAUGGCAAUGGGAACUAUUCUUAUGUACCGUCAUUAGAUGAACUCGCCUAUAUAUCUAAAUCGAUUGCAAACAGAAAGCUGGGUGUAGGAUGUGAUCAAGUGAUCAUUGUAUCCGAUUCACCAUCAUCGAAAUCAGAUUACGAAAUGUUGAUAUUCAACAACGACGGUAGUCAAGCUAUGAUGUGUGGCAAUGGUGUAAGGUGCUUCUCAAAAUAUAUAACAGACAAUAGAAUACCAUCUAUCUACAAUGAAGACGGUAGUAUAAAUUCAGAUAGAGUCUAUCACGAUCGACCUUCACAGAGAGUACAUACACUCUCUGGUAUCAUCAUUACAUAUCCACAAAAACAACAACAUCAACAUGAAGGAGUAGAAGAAGUAGAAGAGAAUGGAAAAGAUAAUCAUAACAAUAAUCAUAAUAAUAAUCUAAACAAUAAUACUCAACAACAACAACAAUUAAACAAAAUUUUAUCAUUAACUAAAUUUAUUAAAGUCAAUAUGGGAACACCUUAUAUUUUGAGGACUAACGAAGAGAGAUCACAAUUGUUGGUGGUCGACAAUCGAAGUGUAAUGAACAUCAACACCAAGAGCAUUCAUUUUAUGAAAACAAUUUAUGUUACACCAACAGUGUCAUUGCGCUGUGUAUUAGUAUCAAUGGGUAAUCCUCAUUGUGUUAUCUUCCUGAAGGACAACCAAGGUUCAAUCGCCGACGAGUCGCAGCUAGAAUCAAUGGACAUCUCUUACAUCGGUAGAAAGUUGGAAUCCGAUGGAUUAUUUAUAGAUAGUUGUAAUGUUGAAUUCGUUUCGGUUAUUGCACAGAAUAAAUUAAAAGUUAGAGUUUGGGAAAGAGGUGCCGGUGAGACGCUAGCGUGUGGUACCGGUGCUUGUGCUGUGGCAGUUGCAUCUAUACUAACAGGAAAGUCGGUAAUAUCCGAAUCGAUUUCUGUGGAGAUGCCAGGUGGUGAGUUGAUCAUCGAUUGGAACAAAGAAGAUAACAAAGUUUACAAAACCGGUCCUGCAACAACAGUAUAUAGUUCCGAAGUUAAUAUAAUAUAA